AUGAACACGUCACCCUCACGGAUGUUCUUCCUGUCUGCUGUGCUCUGCGUGGCCAUUUUUCAUCUAAUUUCGGGUCAGAACUGCUCAGAGCACUGUAAAGCAUGCGGGGGCCCAGAGAAAGCCCAGUGCCUUCAGUGCCACACUGGAUUCAUCCUGCAUGACAACCUUUGUGUGGAUAUCGAUGAAUGUGGUACUGAUCUGGAUCGGUGUCCCGACAACACAUACUGCUUCAACACCCAUGGCUCUUAUGAAUGCAAAGGAUGUGAUAAGGCCUGUGUUGGUUGUAUGGGUGGAGGACCUGCCCGCUGUAGGAAAUGUGCUGCUGGUUACAGAUCAUCAGGCAUGAGAUGCAUAGAUAUAGACGAGUGCGCUGAGGAGGUGUUGGCCUGUCCUAGGGUCAGUAUGUUCUGUGUAAAUACAGAGAGCUCUUUUCACUGUCAGUGUGCAGUGGGUUACACACGCAGAGGCGACACCUGUGAGAGGAGCCAGACAACAGCGUCUGAAGAAAAGGGUCUUUUUGACGACAUUCAUGAGGAUGAAAUUGAGGUUCUGCAACAGAUGGUUACACAAGUAACCGAGACGUUCUUCGGUGUUGUGCUGUGUGCAUUGGCCACAUUGGCGGCUAAAGGGGACUUGGUGUUCACCUCCAUCUUUAUGGGGGCAGUGGCAGCCAUGGCUGGAUACUGGCUGUCUGAUAAAAGCGAUCGAGUGAUAGAUUCCAUCUUGAAGGGGAGAUAA